GUGCUUUACUUUAAGAUAUUAUGAUGAGCCAGCCAAAAAUCACUCACGUUUGUUCAUUGUGAAGCACUGGUAUGCUUAAAAUAGUCAUUGCAAAUGUAGAAUAAAAAAUCAAGAGCGGCUGCAAAUAGUGACUAUAUAGCUGAUAAAUGGAUUGAGAUAAAUCCGAUCAUCAUGUUAACUCCUGCAUUUGAGCUACAGCAAGAUUCAUCCUUUAUCAUUAUCAUCAUCAAAGCACGCUAUGCAAAGGUAUCUGAGACAGAAAUAUUUGUGGAUGGUGGAGAUUUCAAGUUUCAUUCAAAGCCAUAUUUCCUCAGAUUGAAUCUUCCUGGUCGUCUCAUUGAAGAUGGAAGAGAGAAAGCUUCAUAUGAUGUAGAUGCAGGAAUAUUUACAAUCAGAAUACCUAAGGAGUGUGAAGGAGAAGAUUUCCUUGGUUUAGAUUUACUUACUAAACUGUUAGCACCAUCUGGACAAACAUCAGCUAAGGAACCAUGUAUUGAAGUACUUGAUAACAAUGACGAGAAAGGUCAUGUGACAGGAGAAGAGGACUUUGAUUGGCAGGUUGAUCAGCAGCCAUAUUUUGGAGAUGAGGAAAAGGAGAAAAUGAAUGGACAUGUGUCAUAUGGCUUUGCUAAUAGGAGAAGUGGUGUCUUCAAGAGAUUAAGGGAUGAGAUCUGUGGAGUAGUAGACAUUGAAGAGGCAGAUUUCAUUUCAUUACCAGAAAGGAAGAGAGCUAGGAUAAUGGCAGAGAAAGAAAAGUUUGAUGACAGUCAUUAUCUAGCUGAUUUAUACCAAGAUGAUGCUAUCCAACCACUUCUUGAAUUCAAACCUCUAUGGGUUCAUAAUUACAAGAAGAUGAGAGAGAAGAUGGUUUUAGCUGGAAAAGCAGCAUCAAGUCAAGACUUUACUUACACUGUUAACUUCACAGAAGACGAGAAAGAGUUGAUGAUGAAAUUGCCUCAUAAAGAAUUCAUCUUGAGUAAACUUGAAGUUGAUGGUGCCUUGCUUGGAGUAGCAGACAUUCUCUUUGCUUAUGCUUACAAUGUACGAUCAAAUGAAGGAGAAUAUUCUGUCGAGUCAGCAUGGACUGUAUGCAAGUUAAGCUCUACUUUAUCAUGCCUUGAUUGGUUCCAGACAACUCGUGAAAUGACCAUAGCUUGCUGCAGGAGGGCGCUGUGUUAUCCCUUGUAUCGAAGCUGGGCAUUAUGUCACAAGUUACUCAAGGAUGUGAGGAUGAUACUAAGAUUAGGCCGCAAUCAGGUUUUGAAGUGUUUUUUUGAAAUCCACAAACUUCUGUCAAAUGAUGAGCCUCGUUACAUUCUCAAUGAUCUGUACAUCUCAGAUUAUUGUGUGUGGCUACAAUCAAUUUCAAAUGAAAGAUUUUCAGACUUGGAGCAGCAGAUUGGAGAGGUGAAGCUUGAGAAGAAAGACAUUGGCCUUGAUCUGGAUGACCUAGAAGAGGCAGCAUCGAUUGUAGAGAAUGAAGAGUUAAGGCAAAAUGGAUCAGAGCAGAAAGGCCACCAAAAGCCUGGUCCCCUUGAUGGUCCACCUCAAGAACAGUCUCAAGAAGAACAUUCUAUGGAAUCAGAACACAAGGUCAUUCAUCAAGUCGGCUACCCUGACCUUAUACUGAGAGACACCCCAGUUCCUGAUGUUGUGACAGCCCAUAUCGUUAAAGCAAAAGAGAUGGUUCCCAUGGGGAGGGAUGAUGCAGCUGUGGUAGAUAGUGAUGAUGGAGAUGACCCUGCUCCUGAUCAAAGUAUUGUGGAGGAAGGAAACGGUGGAGCUUCAUGUACGAUACCCCAAUCUUUCUCUGGUUCAGUCAGAGAUGCAUCUACUGAUAAUCAUUGUACACUUGAAAAUGACUUUGUCAAUAAGGUGAUGAUAUCAAGCAUGGACAACUCAGAUAGUAGACUAGGUGAAGGUGUGCUCUCUUCAGUGAACAAGUCAGAUUUACCAAACAAUGAUUCUGGAUUGAAAAUUCUGCAGAUUAGGAGAAAAGACGGAGAAGUCAAUGAUGGCUAUGUUGAAAGUGGGAGAGAGGACGAGGUUGAAGUAGUAGAAACAAUGCAUGAUAUGUUGAAUCAUCUCAGUUUAGAUCCACAUAUUCCAUCAUCAUCAUCAGGGCUUAAAAAAUUGUCGAGUACCAAAGACGAUUUUCCUGAAUGGGCUGAGACACCACCCACAAAGUUAGUUGAAACUUUUGAAGAUAAAUGAUUUUUCAUGAGAAAUAAGUAUGAAAAUUUAUAUUCAAGCAAUGCAAUGAACUGAAAGAUUUUAACUUGAGUAUUUUUCCAUAAUUGUUUGAUCAAACUUUAACCCUAAUAAGACUGGGGGGGCUGAGUCAGCCUCCCUCGACAUUUUUUUUGCAAUAAAUCUGCCGCGCAAUUUUUUUUGAUCACGUUGCUCGCUGACUUUUUACUUUUAAAUCUCGCGCAACUUUUGAGGCCAAGAUUGCGUCCCCCGGCUUUGCAGUUUUGAAAAUUACUUAACAUUUUGUAAGUGCAUGCAGACCCCAAAUUGCUCAAAAACGUGAAUUUGUGUACAAAUCCAAUGCAAAUAGUGUUUUUAGACAAAAUUCAGAAAUGUAUCACUAUUUUUCCUUAUACUGAUGAUAAUCAAUUAAUUUCAUCAUUGUUAUGGUCAGAAUAAAGUCCCUGACAAUUUCCAUUGAAUAAACAAUAAAAAACAAAAACAAGGAAAUACAUAAGAAAUUUAGAAAACAAUAAAUACAUAGCAAAUUUUUGUCGCGAUUAACAGCUGAGAUCAUAAGGGGGGCUGAAUCAGCCCCCCCCCCCCCCCAGUCUUCUUAGGAGUUGAAAUAGCCCAAUCUAUUUAGGCUGUAGUAAAUGAUAAUAGGGGUGUUUUAAUCUCUAACUCUGACGAACAUUUUGGUGCAAUUUCUUCAUUUUUCAUCUCAUUAGACAGUUAGCCUAAAAAAUUAGUGAAUCCCACCACAGAAUGCACUCCUUCAUGUGUGUUGAAUGUAGACAACAGCGCUAUAAUGUUUAGCGAGCCCAGAGAAACAAACUUGAUUGAAUGUAAUAUCUUAUCACCUGAAUUCACAAUUAGAUAUCUAAAAUAUGGCAUAACUUGAACAGUUUAAACAAGUUUAUUUUCUGUUGGGGUUCACUAAAUUGUAGCACCACUGUAUAUGAAAGGAGUACUAGUAACAGUUUGAUACAUAGUGUAAAAUUUUAGAUGUGAUUAAAGGCCUUCACCCUUUAGUUUGCUAUUCUAAUUGUUUCUUUUUAUACGCCCGUCCUAUGGGAUGUAUCAUGGUAUCACACUAGGUGUCUGUCCGUUAACUUUUCCUUGUAAACGCGUAACUUCACUUUAACUUAACCUUAGCUCAUAUAAUUUGGUGUGUGUGAUACUAGCAUGGAUCCUAGGAAGCUUAUUGAUUUUGUGGUCAAAAGAUCAAAGGUCAAGUUCACAGUGAAAUUUUUUCAUUAUACCCUUCUGCAUUCCUUGUAAAUGCGAUAACUUUAGUUUAACUUAACCUAGGCUCGUAUAAUUUGGUGUGUAUGAUACUAGCAUUGAUCCCAGGAAGCCUAUUGAUUCUGAGGUCAAAGGUGAAGUCGCCACCUUCCACUUUUCUUGCUUGACCAAUAACUCAAUUUUCUGCAUUACAGGCGGGCAUAUUAUGUGCUCACCUUAGCAAUCUUUGUUGUCUGUCGAAGUUGUGAUGACAAUUUCACAUAUACCCCCUACAUCAUCAAAUGUUGUUGACCCUAAUUGACCUUUGACAUUGGUCAUGUGACCUGUAACAGGAUGUUCAGGGAUACUUAAUUGCUCUUGUCUAAGUUUCAUUAACUAUAUCCAUAAAACUUCAAAGUUAUGACAAUGCCACAAAUACCUUCAAUUGUUAAACUUUGUUGACCCUAAGUGACCUUUGUCAUGUGACCUGACACUCAGGCAGGAUCUUCAGUGAUAUACUCUUUUUAAGUUAUGAUUACAUUUCAAAAACUUAACCUUGGUUAAGAUUUCAAUAUUGAUUCCCCCAACAUGGUUUAAGUUCAUUGACCCUAAAUGGCCCUUGACCUUGGUCAUGUAACCUGAAACUCAGGCCAGAUGUUCAGUAUUACUUGAUUACCUUUAUGUCCAAGUUUCAUGAAGUAGGUCCAUAUACUUUUUUAAGUUAUGACAUUCCAAAAACUUAUCCUUGGUUAAGAUUUCAAUGUUGACGAUGCCACCACCGUCAGAAAAGCUCCACCUAUAGUCUUGCUCUGCUAUGCAGGCGAGACAAAAAAUGAGAAUCCUGGUUUCCUUUUUUCUUGGACAGACUGUAAUCAUCAAGGCCAUAUGCUGAGAUGAAGUAUCAUUCACACGAGAAAUUCUAUAUCUCCUGAAUGCAUAUUUUUUUUGUAGAUUUGAAUUAAGCGUGCACUAUGUGUUAUUUAAGAUGAUUAAAAAAUAUGGGAGAACUCACAAAUAUCUGAUGGUCGUAGUCAUGUAAUAAAGUAUUCAGUAGUAAGAACGUAUCUGACCAAUCAGAAACCUUUCAUUAUACCCUUAAAAUGAGAUGAUAAACACUUUGCUGUAGAUAUUUACAUUUUCAUAUUGUGGUGGUCAAUUAUAUGUGGAAAUUAAAUGGUAUUAUGUACUUUGCUGGAAUAGAUAUAGCCAGGUUAUUCCAUCAAACUAUCUUGCUAGUCAGGAGAUAUUACAUGUAUGUUGUCAUCCGUAAAUUUAAAAAAAAAAAAAAAGGUAAAUAAAUACUCUUUUAGUCAUGACCCAAAUCACAAAGUUGGUUCUGAAAUCACUGUUUGAGCAUAUUUCAUACAUCAAAUAAUUUAGUGUGUGUAUUGAAAAAAGAGUCCAAUAACAUGCUACAGGCGCAGGCCUACAAAAUCAUGGUUUGUGCAUGAAUGAGCCCACUCUUUUGAAUAAGUAAUUCCACUGCAAAUGUAUAAACAUUAGGCACAUAAUGCAGAAAGAGUUGUAACAAGCAUAAAUUAGAGUCAUUUUGACUGCUUUGUCAAAACGCACUUUCAUUAUUGGAUUGUUUAUCAAUAAUAUGCACUGAAUUUAGCAUAAUACAUGCAUGAAAUCUGCAUAAACCAUGGUUUAGAAGUCACUUGAUUUGGGUGAUUAUUUGACCAGUUGACUGGACGACAUAUAUCACUUCAGUUGACUACAGAUGUGAAAUGUAAUUUAAUAUAUAUCUUCUGUGGUAAGGCAUACUUUGAAUAUAACAGUAACAUUUCAUGAUUCACCAAAACAAAACACACAGUUUUAUAACAAUAUUGCGAAUAGGACUCAUUGACUUGCAAAUAAUUUAAGACCUUGCUAAAGACCAAGUGAACCUUUUUUAAUGUCUAGAUAUCAGUUGUGGGUUGGUCAAUAAUAAAUGGCCAAUGUUUUGUAUAGCACAAUCUGCAUUAUAUGGUAGAAAAAAACAAUAUGAGGAUCUCCACUUCAUUUUCCCUAUAUAUUGUUAGAGAAAUAUAAAGAAAAACAUUGAUAACCCAUCAGACAAAGAAUUUUGUAAUAUUUUAUACUUGUAAUUACUACUUCAGCAAAUUGUUAAAAACCAUACAAGACCAAUUGACAAAGCUUCCACUCAAAUAAAAAACAUAUUGUAUAAAUGUAUUUUCUAACAGCCA